GUGGUAUCGAGUCGUCGCGUGAGAGAACGUCUGUAUAAGUUUGUGUUCAGAAACCUUUCCAGGUGUUUCAAUAGAAGCAUGUGAUUUAAAACUCUUGUCAACCCUGUUAAAUUUUACCAGGAUAUAAUUUAUUUACAGUGUUUAACAAUGGCGAAGUUGAGUCGGUUAUUUGGAGUAUUUAUAACUAGCUGUAUUAUCCUAAUAACAGGAUGUAAUGGCACUAAUGAUGAAUUUGGUACCAAGUUCCAGCAAUUUCUGGAUGAACAUAACUAUAAUGGAGGGUCGGUGGCCGCCAUGAAGGAUGGUAAACUUGUCUACGCCAAUGGUUUUGGAGUUGAUAGAUUUGAUAACGCCAUACAUGCCGGAACAAUGUUUCCUGUCUCAAGCGUUUCCAAAUCUUUAACAGCAGUGGCCAUCAUGCAGCUGGCUGAGAAGGGGGUGUUGAGUUUAGAACAAACUAUAUUCGGUAAAGGUGGGGUACUUCAUAUGAUAAAACCCUAUAAGAAAGUCCAGGACCCUCGAAUCCAUGAUAUCACCAUUAAUCAUCUUCUCCACCACACUGCUGGGUGGAACCUCAAUAAACCCCCGAUAUACGACCCAGUCAUGAACUCUGUUUAUAUAAGUCGGGGUCAUAAGGUUCCGGAUAUUCUCAAAGUCAUGAAGGAUACAGCUCCCUUGACACCCUAUGACACGAUGCGCUACAUGAUCUCCCAAAAGCUGGAUUUUACCCCAGGGACGAAAAUGGUUUAUUCCAACUUCGGGUAUCUUAUCCUGGGAAGAAUCAUUGAAGAAGUUGCCGAUACUGGUUAUGAAGAUUACAUAAAACACAAUAUCUUAAUUCCUUGUGGUAUGUGGCAUACAAGAGUCGGGCCUGUCAGAAGUAAUUCCGAAAUCGUUAACCUCGGAACCAGCAUCAAUGGACCAAAUGGUCCAAUUGAUAAAUUUGAGGAUAGCGAUGUCUCUUUAUAUGACAUCUUAAAUCCAGAAGAUAUGGACUCGGCUUUAGGGUGGCAAUCAAACGUGUAUGAUAUAAUGAGAUUUGUUAAGUGUUUGGAUACCAAUCACCAUGGAAAGCUGUUGAAUCCCACCUUCUUCCAGAAGCUCUUGCUUCGGCCAGUUGCUGCCCCUAUUCAGCACAGCGACACGUGGUACGGUGCUGGAUUUAAGGUUAAUUCUCACAGUGCUAUCUGGACAUUAGCUGAUCCCCAUACGGACGAUCUCAUUCUGUACCACAAAACAAAAGAUACCUCCACAGAGAAGGAAUCUCAUUCGGUUGAUUCAUUCGUGUUCUUGCUCAAUGGAAAAGGUCUUCAGCAUCUUAAACACAAGGCCCAUGAACUGGUUUCGUUCGUGGACGUCAAAGCCGUUUCUCAUCCAUUCUACUCAGACCUGUCGGAUAUCCACAACUCAACUGGAUACAAAGAUGUGAUUAUCAAAUACAAAGUAGAUGAGCAUCAUCUUGAUGCUUAUGUUUCAGCUCUCAAACAGGAGAAUCUGGAUAUCAAAUGGAUUAGUGCUUCUGAUAGAAAUGGGCACACUUGUUUCACACUGCUUGCCGAACCGUUUGACCUUCCAGCUAAGUACGCUAUGGAUUAUAUUGUACAGCACGGCUUAAUGGAGAAGAAGCUUCUGCACCAUAAAAUCGCUUUGGAGGCAGAGGGCUAUAACAUGACAUUUUUACAAAACUAUAUGAGCGCUUCACAUGACUCCCGGCACGCAUUUUUAGCCAUUUUUAGAAAAGGUGCUUACGACGAAAAAACGCACAUGAAAUUUGGAAUCCACCAUUUUCCUAGACCCUAUAUGAGUUUAAUGGGCCUUUACCUCGAAAAGGGAUAUCAUCCGUUAGUCCAAAGUUACAUCAUGCAUGAUGACGAAGAAAAGAUAUCCUUUGUCUUUUUAAAACGGACAAAUGCGCCAAAAGUGAACUUCAAAACAUAUUAUGGAUUAUCCAGCCCGCAAUUACAAAGAACUGUGAAACAGAACGCAAAGGCAGAUCGAAAACUAUCUUAUUUGGAUGUGUCUGAUGUUUACGGCAAACCAAAAUUUUCUGCCGUGUUCACAAAUGAAAAUGCCGGAAAAUGGGUUUUCCAAUUGGGUAUGAAAGAAGCCUCAAUGGAGGCCCUUGUCAUGAAAAAACAAAAAUUCGGUUUCUUGCCAAAAAUAGUGAUAGGAUACACAGAUAAAGACCAAAUAGACAAAUACGCCAUUUAUCUGGAAAAGUCUUCAGUACUGUAGGAAAGUGACAGAUGUUGUGUUUCGAUAUAUACAGUGUGAAUUCUCACAGAUGUUAUGAAGACAUUUAUAAAAUUAGGUCAACAUUAUAUACAGAAAUAAUCAAAAAAAAAAUAAAAUGUAAAUAAUAUGUAUGUAUCAAGUUAUUGGAGUUGGUGUACAGUGAUAUUUUGUAUGUAUCAGUUUAUUGGAGUUGGUGUACAGUCAUAUUUUGUAUGUAUCAGUUUAUUGGAGUUGGUGUACAGUCAUUAUUUUGUAUGUAUCAGUUUUAUUGGAGUAGGUUAAUCAGCUGUAUUUGUAGAGAUAUACAGUGAUAUUUUGUAUGUAUCAGGUCCCCAGUUCACAAAGCAUUCUCAGAUUAAGAAUUUACUCAACUUUCAAUCACCGUUCAUGAGCAAUAUCUUUGAUCCAGAAACACAAAACUUUGCACAUAGUUUCUUAUUGAUGUAUUUGAUGCAUUAAAACUACAAAAGUUUGAUGAAGAUCUAUAUUUUACUUAAAUUAAGGCCAACAAUUUUGAGUAAAUUCUUAACUUAAGUCAGAGAAUGCUUUGUGAACUCGGGGUCCGGUUAUUGGAGUUGGUUAAUAAGCUGUAUUUGUAGAGAUGUACAGUUAUAUUUUGUCCUUUAUUCUUUUGGUUGUGAUAUAAGUAAUAUAAGUAAAGGGACCAAUAUUAAUAUAUAAUUUUAUUAUUAAAUAUGUCAAUUAUUGUGGUAGAUGUGGUGGUUACAUUUGAAGAGCCCUGGGGAAGAACGAUCUAAUUCACUUUUUUUUUCAACGAACCCCAUUUAAGAGCACCAUCUGGUAACAAAUUGCAUAAGUUUUCUGUGGAACAAUCAAUUUCAGGUAAAAACAAGGCCCUUCUGAAAUGGCCUCCCGGACAAAUACGUCCAUCGUACCCUUUAUUUGACCUUAAUUUGGCUGAAAAGUGGAAAUCAGUUGUUGUACUGGUAAUUAUGAUUUGUAUUUAACAUCAUUUUUAAGUUGUAAUUAAACCCAUUCGUUGUUCUGUUCGCGUCAAGCAUUCUCAUCCAAAAGUCUUUUAAAAUUGCCUUUUAUGCAAAAAGUCAAAAAUGUGACUUAGAUCGUUCUUCCCCUGGACUCUUCAUUCACUUCUUGUGCUAUAUUAUAUUUGUUUUUUGCGUUGUAUUCUUGAAUUAUCGAUAAACCGAACAUAACGAUUUAGUGAUAAUUUCUACUCGCUCCAUUAAUGAAAUUAAGUGCUUAAUCGUGUUAUAUGAUUGAACGAGCGGGACUUAAAGAAUCCCAAGUGCCAUCAUUUAUAGGUUAACCUAGUGCUGUAUUAACAAUCAAUGAAUAACAAAACUAUAAAAUACAUAAAACUAGAACUGCGAUGCAGUGAUGACGGGUUUCACUGGUAAACAAUGGUGUUUUACAUAAGCUAUGCCGUGUGAAACCCUAAUUAGAAUUGAUUUUUUUAUGACUACACAAGAAUUAGAUAUUUAAUGCCUGAGCACAUUGUCGAUUCUGGUUUUUAAAAAGCUCCCUUUUUUAAGAUUUUUAUAAAUAUGUUUUAGCUGGGUUCUGGAUACCUAUUUUAAGGGCUAAAAUUAAUUUGUGGACGAUAGAUUAGCGUUUUAAAUAGAAUUAGAGGACAAAUAGAGGCAUGGGUUUAUUACUCCUAUCAAUCCAGCCUUGUGGGUUUUCUCCGGGGACCCCUACGCUCAAGCGAGUUAUUGAAAUAAAAUUGAACCAUGUGUUAGUCCCGAAAUGACCUAGUUUGUGUCGAGUGGAUGUUGACACCCCUCUCUCAUUGCCACACUAAAGAACAGGUAAAUUAUGUUAUUUAUUCUGGCAAUAUAGUGUACUAUAGAAAUAAAAUUGAACCAUGUGUUAGUCCCGAAAUUCUCUCUCUCUCUCCCCUAUCAAAAACAUGACACAGAACAAUUCCUACAAAUGAAACUGUUCUAGUUGCCAAGACGAAUUGUUUAACCUUUAAAUCAACAGAACACAUGUUCGGGUUUUUUAUAUAGAAAAUAAACCAACUUGACAACUCCAGUCAUGUCAAUCAAGAGCUGACAAUAUUGUAAGGAGAUUGCAAGAGAAGUUAACUUCCUUUGUCGGUAAUUCUGAUUAACACAGAUCAAUAUAAACCUGUCAAGAUGUCUUCUUUUCAUGUAGUUUUUAUCGGUUUUAGCCGCCCACUAAACAGGGUGCUAUCAAUAAUCUAGAUUCUGCAUUGAGAACGUAAAUUCCAACUGAUCGGAGGGGUGGGAAGUAAACCUCUUUGAUUCAGGUCUAAAUAGAAAUUAAAUGAAAUGGGGUUUAACGUCCUACUGUUCUUCUCCUAUACUGGGCUAAUGAAGACGGGCAUACGCCAUACAGUGUCCUAUGAGGUAAAUAUUUCCCUUGCAGCGGCAAUAUCGCCUACUCUUAUAUCGAAUUCCAACUGCCAAGGGAUCUUUUACGUGCAUUCCAAUGUAUACACGGGACCUCGGUUUUUUUCGUCUAAAGUAUUCAAGUGUGUUUAUCUGAUAUAUUGAUGAGUAAAGAGUUAAACAUACAUUAUUGGGGAUUAGAUAAAGAGCUGGCAGUUCUCACUAUCAUAGUUAAAAACUAGAUAAUGUUGUGGGGAAUUGCUGAACAUUUCGGUCAUAUUGAUCCACUAUGAACCGAGAACUAAGCGAUUGAAAUUUCCGCCCAGCCUCGAUCAUCAUUACUAAAGUCUGUACGAUAAAAAAACUUAAUCUCGAUCAUUCAUUUCAUGAUUAAAUUAUGAAUGGAAGUCGAGCAGCAAAUGGGAUCAUAAUCCUGUAAAUAUCGCAAACUAGCGAUGCCAUCGAGAGUUGAUUAUGGUCUGGAUAAGUUAAUUAAUGUCUAAUUAAUAAUUUAGAUAACAUUUUAGGCCUAAAGAAAGACCUGCGACAGACAGAUUUAGCUCUUACAUAAUGUCUGUUUAACCUUUACACAAUUAUUUCUUUUCCAUUCGAACAUUUAGCGUUCGGCGCCUUGUUUAGAAUUAGAGUUUUAGACAUUCUGGGUUGACAUAAUAAACUGUCAAGGCACAAGGGUUGGCGUCCUACAAAACAAAUUGACAAAUGUUACACAAUAUCAGUGAAAUGUCAAACAAGCUUUAUGUCAUGAACAGGAUUUCAAGUUUUUUGGUCACUGAUAUUUGUUGUGUUGUGUUUUUAUAUUGAUUGUAUUUUUAAAAAAAUUAUCACAGUACAUCAGGACAUGAAAUGGCGUUUAACAACAUUUCAUUUCUACUUUCUUCUGAACAACACCAUUUCAUUUCAUGUAAUUUGAAUCCCUCGCAAUCUGCAAAAUUGUGAAACUUCCAUAUGAUAUAAGAUUGGAUAAAGUGAAAAAUUUCCAACAUUCGACUUAAUCUGAAGAACACAGAAAAUAAGCAAGCGUCACUUAUAAGUGUUCGAUUUGGUCGUGAGAAAAAUUAAAUGUAGUCCGAGAAAAGCAAAUGGCUUGGACAAAGUGUGGAAUUGUUCAAUUUUAAACAAGGGACGCAUUGUUGACUCUGGCUUCACGAUAAAUAUGAUUCUGUUUUCUGAUUAGCACGAUUAUAAGUCGUAAAUCUGUUCUCUGAAGACAGGGUUUUAACUUGCAAUGCGUGUAUAGACGAGGAAGAUAUAUAAAUUAACAUUUAUAAGGAAGUUAAUUUGAUAUUGUUGAUUUUAAGAUAAACGAGUUCUGUCUUCUAAUACGAUUGAUCAAAGAGAAAUCUAGAGAAUGUAUUUUUAAGAUGGAUGCAUUUCCUUUGAUGUUGCUUAGUCAUAAAAUGCCAAGAUGAUAAAUUUUUAAAAAUAAAGUCUCAGAUUAUUGUCUUUUUGAAAAUAAUAUUAAAAAAAAAUAUAGUCUUUUGUCUAGCAUCACCUGCGUCUUAAAACAUUAAGAUAAAAAACGGCAACAGUUUGUUUACUUUAUUGCCAUGGCAAUAGACGCCUUCUUGAGAAUAAGAAGCGAUAAACUGUGGCGAUUAAUUUCUGAUUAUCCAUUUAUAUUAAGAACGAAUUAUUCAUGACAAUAAAAGCUUCUUAGUGUAUAUAUACAAUCCAUAAAGCCCCCACUACAAAGGCAUCCUUAUCUGAUCUGACUUGGGAGGUUAGUGAUCUACAUUACUGGAACAUUACUAUUAACUUUAUUACGCUAUUGUUCUGUCUUUGAACCAAAGCAAUCAGAUUUAAAUACAGAUCUAUAAUUCGUUUCGUUUUUUAUACUUUCGAUGGCCUACACUACAUGAAGAUCUGAUCAGUUGUAGUGGGAGGUCGCGUCAGAGGUCAUACGAGCGGCUUUUGACCCUAUGACGUCAGACAUUGAUUAAUCAAUCAGCGUUAAUGUUUCUAGUGGUUUACCCACAGUUCCGUAUAUCUCGCGCCCAAAACUCGCCGUAACAGACCGUUUCAUUGGCUAAUCCCUCACUUCAACCAGAACACAGGUUAUAUAACAACUCUUCUAGAUCCUAGUGUAGUAAGGACAAGUAAAACGAAAUUUUGAACUAUAAAACGAAACGAAAUAGGAUCUGUGUUUGAAUCAGAUUUGGACCAAAGUUAAGUAUAAGUCCAUUGCCUGACAAUAAUUCAUUAAGAAGUAUGUGCUAUGAAUAGUCUUAACUUAGAAUAGAAUUAGAAUCGCAUAUAGUAGAAAAAGUACAAUUUAGAUGGCUUGUUGAUACCAGUUUAGCAUUUAUAGUUUGUAAAAUAGAGAUCUAUGUUAAUAUAUUACUAUAUAUGAUUCUAUAUUUGGUAUUAAAAUUACACCUGUAUAAAGAUUAUUGUAUUUAAAAUAAAGAUAAAAAUUUC